CUCCACCCAUUUGCUCUCCAGUGAGCAGCCUCACACUACCAGUACAAAAAGAAUGUGAGAUGCAUGUAACAGAUCAGUUUUCACCUGACUACACACCAGAGACAGACAUACAGAUCUUUCUUAUUGCAGGAAAAACAAAAACUCAAUCCAAGCUAAACAUGGAUCCCCAAAAGUCUCCAAAGGAAGUAGGGCAGCCUUUACUUCCACUUCAGCAGAGGCCUCCAGAAUACUCUAUUGGAUUCCCUCCCUCUCAGAGUUAUCCCAGCGUUCCAGCUCAACCUGCGCAGCAUUAUGGAGCUCCGGCAGCACCUGUCCAGUACGUACAAGGGCCAAAUCCGGUGCAGACUGUGGUCACUUUGCAGCCUCCAGUUAAUGUGCCCUUCAAUCCAGAGUCAGAUUACCUGUGCUGCUCCAUCUUUACCCUGCUGUGCUGCUGCAUGCCUCUGGGAUCCGCUGCUCUUGUUUACUCCAUCACUACUCGGGAUGCUAACAUGUUUGGACAUCAACCAAUAGCAAGAAGAAACUCCAGAAUGGCUUGCAUCCUUAACUAUGUCAGUGUUGGUGUUGGCCUCCUCUUGUGGUUGAUCGGUGUCAUCUGUUUCGUCAUUCUCAUCAGAAAGAUUUAUAAUGUCUUAUACGUAUUAUCGCUAGUCUAAAUGUUAGUGUUGCUCAAGUUAUUGAUAUGAGAGCUGUAAGACUCCAAAUGCGUAAAGAGCUCUUUCUAUAGGGCCCAAGGAAUGAUUUGUAUAUUUCAUGCAACUCAUCUGGCGUAUUAUUAUUUACAUAUUUUAAAAAACAGUUUUUUAAGUUUAUUAUUGCAUUUUUAAAACAAUGAAAGCUUUGACUGAAAAUGUA